AUGGCGUCGUCAACAGGGCGAAUGAAACUAUAUGAUAUCAACGAGAAUAAAAGAGAGGACACGGAAUAUUAUCGAACAGUCGAGGAAGGUAGAGCACCGGAUUCCUUUCCAUGUGGACACGUGCUAUGUCAUCACUGUAUGAGAGAAUUUAUCAAACCAAAGAUGACGAAAAUAACCUGUCCGGUUUGUAGUUAUAGUACUGAUGUAAAUGUACCAGUAGAUAACUACUCCUUAGCAUAUGCUGAGGAUGAACUGCCCAACAUCACUCUCAUGUCAAAUUUUGACAAUGUUGUCAAGAAAUUUAAUGGAAUAAAUAACACUUUACGGAGGUUAAAGCAAGAAAAUGUCCAGUCCAGAAGUAUGGCUAUGACAUAUACUAAUAAUCACUGUGAUAACUGUCAUGAACAACAUGGAACUUUAAAAGUUCUUCAAGAAUUCAAUCAAUUAACAGUGCAACAUGAAAGGCCCAUAGGGUGGAAUCCUUAUUUUUAUAGAUUAAUGCAAGGUCAUGUUGUUACAUCUUUCUAUAGUAAAGUGAAUUCCGCUUGUAUCUGUGUACCUUGUUCAUAUAAAGAACUCAGAGACAGUCAAAAAUUUAAAGAAUUGGAAUUCAUGCCAGAUAGAGAAGCCAUUGCUCGACCAGAAACUACCCUUGCAGAAGUGGGUAAAAUCAUUGCCAGAGAUAUUGCCCCAGUUAUGUGUCUGCAAGGUAAAAAUGUUAUAGAAAUUGAUCAUAAAAUCCGAUUGAGAGAGCGAGCUGAUAGAUUUGAUUUCUUUGAUACGACGGAUACAAUAGAACAUAUGGUUAAGCAGCAAGAAGAAAGUAUUAUUAGAGCGGCUAGUAAACAAAUCCAAGAUACAGGACGGUUAUAUCAUGUUCACGACAGUAGUGAGAUUACAUACAAUAAAGAUGAAACAGAACUAUAA